GUGCCCGCGGCCUUACAAAUGCGACUGUCAAGUUACUGUCAUGCUUCAUACAUUUCAGGGAGAGUCGCCGCCAUUAUUUAUCGUAAAUCGCGGCAUGUCUUUUCUAGCUGCUGGUCCUAAGCUGUGUGGCGUGCUGAAAUCGAAUAAAAGAGCGCUUUAAGUUCGUUGUAAAAUCUGUGCCAAGCGUGAAUGUGUAGAACAAAAAGAACAUUUCAAGAAAGUGUGCAGGAAAAACCGCGAUUAAAAAAGGUAAAUGACGCCGGGAGUGCGAAAGUGAAGCCAUCACGGGUGGGAACGAAAGGAAGAAGAAGCUGUUUCUGCAAGCGAGUUUGUGUGCGUGUAUACAUCCGGUGUGUGCGUCCGUUGGUUCGUGUGUGUUAGUGAUUGUUAGUCGUUUUCGCGAGGAGAACUUAACUAACGGAGGAAAACCAUUGACCGAAACAUCCAAGCAGCCUGCAUACAAACAUGGAUAUUGGCGGUACGGCGAAUGCGGCGAAGGUGGCAUCUCCGGAGUCCACAGCUGCAGUCGACAAGUCCUGUGCCGUUCCGGAAGUCAGUGAAAAGGCCACAGCAUCUGAUAAAAACGGAUCAUUCCCAGAUUCCAGCGGUGAUUCUAUGAAGAAUGCAGCAUGUGUAGCUGAUUCACUCGGGAAUCAGAAAGAUGCUUCUCAGGAAACACUCCCGUCACCCAAGAAACCAUCAGAUGAUGUCCCUAAGGUUGAUGAAUCAAACAGAUUAGCGGAACUCAUGAAAAGCCCCUUAAAACAACCUACUGUCGCCACUAGCACUUCGGUUGAAAUUUCACAGCCAAUUAGUGAACUGGUACGGAACGACACAUCACGUAAUGAUAAAUUGGGUGUGCAGGAGCAGAUAGACGAGGAUGACGAGCUGUUGAAGCGUAUGGAGGCAAUCGAAAAGGGGGAAGAUCUGGAUGCUGUUCCGGAAGAUGUUAAUCAUCAGAAUGGUAUGCUACAAAAGACGCCAGAAAAAGGAAAUUCAGAGAAGGCGGUUAAAGUAUGUGUAGAUGUUGGAAAAGCCAUAACGGUAUCAGAUGCAUCUGUUAGCAAUUUAUCUGAGUCGAAUACACAAUCGAAAUCAACCGAAGCAAUGAGUCCGACUUUCAAACGAAAACAUCCUUUCACUGUAGGUGAAGUCGAACCCCAAAUGAAAAAAGUGCACAUCUCCGAUGUGACGGAUGGCCUGGAACCGAAAGCAACAAGCUCAGAAUCAAAGCAUUCACCCGCUCGUCAACUGAACGAAGCUCAGGAAUUAUUCGAACCAGACCUGCAUCAGAAAGUACAGGCAGAAAAAUCACCUUCCGUUGAGAAGAUGGAGGUUGAUGGAUCGCCGGAACCGGAAACAUCCUUUCCAAAAAAAAUAGAACUGCUACGCGAUACGGAACCAAACAUCGAACCUAAAGCAGUGUAUGAAAAAUCUGAAGAAAUAAGCUCAUCGGUUGUAGAAGAGCCCAUGCCCCAAGAUGAUUCUUCAACAAGUAACAAAAUAGAAAACUCAACUGUUUCCAGUUCCGAUGACAAACAGGAAGGUAUGAUGAGCGAAAAUACGAAACCUCCCGAUAGCGAAGUUUCAGCGUCAGUUCUUCCUGCUCCCUCGGGCGAAGAAGCUAUGGAUAUAGAUGAAGAUGAAAUCGAUAUGGCAGAGAGUAGCACAUCCAGACAUACCAGAGCAGCCGCUUCAGUGAUUUUGCCUGUGGUGGAGUCUCCAUGCAUUAAGAAGGCUGCAUACCUAUGUGGGGAUGAAGAUCCAAAGGAGGUAGACGGAAAAGUUCCGAGCGUUCCGACUGUAAAGUCUACUGCUAUUUCUGCAACUACAUCAUCGACGCAAGGAUCUUCAAUUGAAACAUCGAAGGUGGUCAAGCAGAAGGAUGUGAACUGUGCAUCAAAAACAUCAUCUGUUGCUGUUGUACUCACUAAGCCAGACGACGAACCCGAGGAUGUGGUAGACAGUAGCAACAUUGCGUCGAUUGUACCAAAACCAGUAGCGCAGACAGUUGAAAAAUGUUCUGAAUCUGUGAAAGUUCUUGAUGUCACGGUAGUACCGGAAGAAAACAUUGUUGGAAGCUCGCAACCUUCAUCAAGCAGCGAUUUGAAGAAACAAUCGUUACCGGAUAAACGAUCGAACGAUCAAAUGCGCGAUUCGUUACACAGGAGUGCUCUAUUGGUGAAGGCAACCAGCACACCGAAUCAAAACACUGCAGAAUUGACGCCAUCAUCUUCAAAUCCUUCAUCGCCGAAAACGUUGAAUGUGGUGACGACAUCCGCUGUUAGCUCUUCUAACGUUUACAGUUCUACCCCGAUCCAUUCGAACUUUGGAAAAAUAAGCUCAGGAAAUGUAAGUAAAAUCAUGAAUCCACCAUCCUCGAUAGAAACCAGCAGAAUAGAGGCGGACGAAACAACAACGACCACUUCCGCCAGUAGCGAACAGUCGGAAUCGCUAAUAACAGCGGAGGUAGAGGAAAAGUAUACUGGUCAAACGACGUCUGCAACAACAAUUUUACCUUCAACAACAGAAACGGCAACCUCGCCUACGACAGCUACUACUAUGGGCGUUUCAGAUUCUUCAGUCAAAAGCAGUUCACCCAAGAAAGAACUCAGAAAAGAAGAUUCCAACAGUUCAAAGAUUAGCGGCAAGACAUCUGACGAUAUUUCAGAAGUAGAUUCAUGCACAGCGUCUGGGAUGAAUACUGCGGAAGAGAUAAAUUUGUAUGUGAACAACGCACGAAAAUUAAAUGGCAUUUCUUCAACUUCGGAAGGAUCUGAAUUGGGCAUUAAAGACGAAGUGACCAAAUCACUUGUAUCCGUCAAGGCCGAGGAUGACUGUAAAACAAAUAUCAGCUCGAUACAAUUGGAUCUUUCUCGUGCCAUAUCACCUACGACUUCUGCCGAACAGCAAUAUGAAGUGAGUGUAUGGUAUGAAGGAAAAGAAUUACAGUUCAUGUCAGUGGAACGAAUUCACGGCGGGACAAAAGUUGAUUCAUCUACUACUGCUGACAUCGCUACUCACGAUGCCGCUUCCGCUUCCUCUUCAAAGCAAUUAUCCACGGCCUCAACGAAUGGUAGUGUCAGUAGUAUAGGGCCAUUCGCGCUUCCAGGAACAAAUGCAUCAAAUGUAGGAGAAUCGUCCGAAAGCUCCUCGUCCUUCGUCACCAUUGCCGGGGUUAAGUCAACGCAUUCAGUGACGGUGCCGCAAAUGAAGCAAACUGUAAUAGGACCGAAAGCACUUUGCGAUUUGCUAAUUGAAGAAUUCCAAAAGCUGAGACGAACUUUAGCACCUGACGAUAUCACCGAAAAUUAUCCUAAUGCACAACUGCUGAAAAGUCCCAAAACGCCUUACAUCGGGCGUGGUCGCAAAGACAGUGCAAAGAAGAGUAGCUCUCGUUCUCAGAAGCGUUCUAAAACGGCUGACAGCGAAGAGGAUGACGAUGAUGUUGGCAAUGAUGCUCGAACUCCACGCUCUACGGGAUCGUCCGCCUCAAAACAACCAGCUAAGCGGACGAAAGUGUUAUUAGCUGCUGUUGGUAAUGAAUUACCAGUCGCUAGUUCUAAUAUCACACAGAAAUCAAAAAUUGCUCAAGAACCAAAGCAAUUUGACAUUUGUUGUCUGGCUCGGUGGACUGACCGCAAGUACUAUGCUGGCCGGGUGACAAACUAUCGAGGGGACAAUAAAUACGUGGUGGUGUUCGAAGACGGGUGCUCCAAAACUCUGUCACGGGACAUCAUCGUGUUUGGAGAUGAUGGUGUGUUACCAAUACAGCAUCACUCAAUACACGCGCUCACUGGGGGUGACACGUACGAGCCCGCUAUUGUGGAAGAAAUUAAGCGCAAUGAAGCAAAUGAAGUAAUGUACUGUGUGCGGACGGCAUCCAGCCCACUGGAGGUUACAGCCACCGAUAUAUAUCUAACAGACGAACAAGCAAAAUGGAUUCACAACGCAUGCAAAGACAAGCCAGACCCCAUCCAAAAGCUCCUGCAACCGGGAUCGGGUAUUUCAUCCAUGGGAGGAGAUGCUGCAUGUAGCAAUGAAGGAAACGCUUCGGAAAGAAACCCAACCACGGCCGCAACAGAUUUGAUGUCAGAUUCCGGCGAUAAAAACUCUCGUUCCACACGCAGUAAACGAGGCUCGGGAACAAAUGACAAGCAAAUGGGAUCUACUACCCCGGAAGCUGGCUACUCAGGUGGAGUUGGUAAAAAGGGACGUCGUGGACGAAGAAAGCAGCACCUGUCCCCUGAAUCACGCAUAUCUGAAUGUAGCGAUGUAUCGGAUACCUACGAGGAGGACGUACCUGCACCAACGAGUCCUGAAACGGGCUUGGAUGCAGUAGAUGGUGUACAGCCGGAAUUACAACGCACCGAACAGGAAUCCGAGCUAACCAGAAUGGGCCUUGUGUCCGAAUACCUUGGGUCUGGCGAUAAAGACAGAAUAGACCAACUGCUUGGACCGAUACCUGUCGAUGCGAAAACUUUAUUCCGGAAUAAGCACUUUUUGUUAAGUUGCACCGUCCCGUCGAAGGGUGCUGCUGCUGCCGCGGCGGAAUUUUCUAGUGUUCCAUUUAUAAAACAACAUAUUCGGCGGCAGAUCGAAGCUGGAGGAGGUAAAGUAUAUCAGUUCUUCGAGGAUGUUCCGAAGAACAGGUAUAAGCAAUGCAAGUUGAUUGCACCCCGUCCUUCUACAACCGCAAUUUAUGUGCAGUGCAUAGCCAGUAACAUUAUGGCUGUUUCUCAUGAAUGGAUCAUACAAUGUUGCCAAGUGCUGAUGAUGUUGGAUUACAAACCUUUUGUUCUACCAGCCGGAUGGUCUUUCCUUGAAAAUCGAUUCAUCGAUUGGAAUAGCGGACGUGUAAAAGAUAAGCGAAACUCUGCCACACCGUUUGCGUCAGUGUGCAUUAACGUAGCUAGCUUAUGUAAGGAUUUUAAUAACUUUUGGAGCAGGGUGUGCAAGCUUGCCGGUGGUACAGUACGUCUAAUUAAGACUGAGUCCGACAUUACUGACAAUCUGACGGGAUAUUUGCUAACGGAUCAAGAAUUUCCCGAAGAAAUCAAGAUCAAAGCUGCCCGCACUGGUCUACUUGUUGUAUCAACAGUUUGGGUAGUACAGUGUUUAAUCCUGGGCCGCGUUUGUCAUCCGGAUAGUAACGAAAAGCUAACACAAAUCUAUCAAGAAGAGGAUUACUAGACCUGUAUGUUGUGGUGGAUUAUUCUUUAUGUUGUGUCUAAUGUAAUAUUCGUUAUGUUUUCACAGUGGAAAGAACACAGAUCGAAGUAACUUUUUGUUUACAUGAAAUAUAUCCGUAGAACUGUUA